AUGUCCUUGUAUAAAAUUGAGGAUGCAUUUAAAUAUAAUCAAAUUGAAAAUGAAAUUGAAACCAACUUAAAUGACAAAACGUUUGGUGGGGAAACCCUCGAUUUCCUUGAUUACUACACAUUUUUUCAACACAACAUUGAAGGUUGGAUAGAUCUAGUAGAAAGCUCCAAAGAUGCAAUGGGUGUUGAGACCUCAGAAGAAGAAAAUGAGAAUGGUUUUAAAAAAAUUAUAAAGGAAUGGGGUAUGGGACAAGAUAGUAGGAAGUAUAGAGAAGUCAAUGAAAAUUACUCCGAUAAAGAAGAUAAAGAAUUUUUUGAGAUGGAUUUUGAAGAUUCAAUAACUAAUUACUCUGAAUUAUCAAAGACAAAUACUUUAAGAAGUGGUCGAACAUUAACUAUUAAUAGUAAUAUCCUAAAUCAGCUAUCUAUUUCAAAUAAUAACCAAAAGUUGAAAGUUAAACCAAUAGCUACUAAAAAUGAUAUUAUUAAAAAAAGAAAGAUGGAAGAUGCUAUUAGAAACCCAGACAUUGAUAAAGAUGGAAUUCGAAUUUACUAUUGUAGGAAAUUCCAAAAUCAUCUUAUAUACAAAUGGCAAAUGAAAAGAUAUGAGGAAUUUGGGUAUAAGAUUUUCAAGAAUUAUUUAUUCGAGGAUUAUAAUGAAAAAAAACGUGUCAUUGAUUAUCGAUAUGGUAGAACAAAGAGGCUCGGUGGUAAUACCCCAACAAAGGAGAUUUUAUGUCAAUACUGUUAUGGAAUUAAUUGGAUUAAUUAUUUGAAGUAUUUCAAACAUUUAUUCUUAGCACAUGGUGUGAUUACUAAGAUUAAUGACAAAUACAAGAAACAGUUUGAACUAUAUGAUGAAAUAAUUACUCUAUCGAUUUCAAGUUGUAAAGAGUUAAUUAAGAUUGAGACGUUACCCGUGAUCCCUAAUAAAAUUGCAAGUAUUCGAAUGUUGCUAACAUUUAUCGAAUACGAAUUGAUCCCACAACCCCUUGAGUACCAAAAUAUUCUCUAUCCAUUUACUAAGCCUGUUAUACAAGGGGCCCCCAAAUCAUCUGAUAAACAUACGCAGCUUAAACAAAUAGAGGUGAAAUGUCUUAUUUGUAAAUGUCCAAUUCAAUUGAUAGGAACUGGAUCUCAAAGAGUUGGUAAGAGAGAAGGGUUAUAUGAAAAUUACAAUAUCCACUAUAUUGAAUGCAGCAAGAGUCAGCAAAAACAUCCUAAAGAAUUGCCAAGUUCCAAGACACUCUACGUUGAAUUGUUUUAA